UCUGGUCCCUCCUUUUCCUCCGGCCUCCAUUUUGUGAGGUGAUUUUCGGCGGCCUGGCAAAGGCGGGCAAUUCGGCCGAGCUGAUACGGUUUCGUCCUCUUGCAUCGCUUUUGCCGGCUUUGAGACACCGCCGCCGCCUCGGUUGCCGCCUUCCUCCUGUACCUCCUCGUCGCCGCCAUGACGGACCGCUACACGAUCCAUAGCCAGUUGGAGCACCUGCAGUCCAAGUACAUCGGGACGGGCCACGCGGACACCACCAAGUGGGAGUGGCUGGUGAACCAGCACCGGGACUCGUACUGCUCCUACAUGGGCCACUUCGACCUGCUCAACUACUUCGCCAUCGCCGAGAACGAGAGCAAGGCCCGCGUCCGCUUCAACCUCAUGGAGAAGAUGCUGCAGCCGUGCGGGCCGCCCGUCGACAAGCCCGACGAAGCUUGAGCCGCCUGGCGCCCCGCACCGCCCGGGAGAGAAGGGGCGGGAAACGGCAGCCGGGGCGAGAUCAACUUUGGGAAGCGCCGCGACGAGGAGGGCCGACGGGACGCGGCUUCUUCCCUUGCCUGAGGCCGCCUUCUCUGGAACAAACCCUGCCCCUCCUCCCCCUUGUUGCGCUCCCGGGGCCAACUUCCUUUCGAGUCCCAGGCGCCUUCGGAGAGCGCGGCUUGUGAACUUCCCUCAAUUCUGCCCGGAACUGUGAGGAGAGACUGAGGCAGGUGGUUCCCCUUGCUCGGAGGCGGCGUGAAUUUCUUGGAAGAGGCCUGAAAGCGACGCGUCCCCUCCCCCUCCCCACUCUAGAUUUUGUAACUUUUUUUGGAGGAAUUUAGGCAACUCUCUAAUAAAUGCCACACUCCGCCUUCUAAUCUGUUUUGUGGUGAUUCGUUAAUUUAUACAGGAGACGUCAGUCAGGCUGUAUUUUUGAGCAAGUCCCGUUGAACCCAGUGAGGCCCAUUCAAGUCAGUGGGGCUUGCUUGUGAGUAGACCGGCAUGGGAUUCAUCUGUAAUGGACUGCGCAGAGGUAGCUACAGGGCAAACAAAUACCUGCAUUUCAAAAUGUUAUAUGUUAAGUGUGAAAUUGCUCUCAAAUAUUUGUGGACAUGUACAGAAGCAAUGCCCCCCCCAUACUUUUAGUUGAGGGUUGCUGUUACUCUGUUUCAUGCAGUCCUCUCUUUUAAUUACCAUUAAAAUGACUGGAGGCUGCACAACAUAUGUAUUGCAUAUUUUCCACAUCCAUCACAUAAAGUCACCUAGGUUUGAUUAGUCUGUUGAUUAUUUUUAUUUCAUUAGUAGCAAAACCCAAUGAUUACAUGUAGCUAACCAAUAUAAUGAGGGGGGAAAUACUUAAAUAAAAUGGAGGGGGAUGUAAUGGUGAACAAAUAGGAAACACUUGGCUUGAACUUAAAAUUACAGCAUGUGUGUGUGCAUAUGACUCCAUCGUCCAUAACCAUUUGCUGCAAUUGUAUAUAUGCCAGCUGCAAAUAUUGAGUCAACUCCCAGGAAUUUGAUCAUGUUUCUUUUAUUAUUGCAUAGUUCGUAAAGUCAUACAGGUUUCAUGAGACACAGGAUACAUGUUUAUCGGUGAACUAGUUUGCUGGACUCCUGGGCUGUAAAAAGUAAGUGCUCUUAUUCAGAGGCAAGGGGCAACAUGCCACCCUUAUUUUUUGCCCUGUACUGGAACCCUAAAAGCAGUAAAACAUUAAUUUAGGAGGGCUGUGAAAUAAAGCAGAUCAUAUACAAUGGUAUAAGUUUCUCUUUUCUCUGAAGGUGGACUCUGUUAAGACUGUUUCAAGGUACAGAUCAAGACCACUUUGAAAUAGUUCAGCUAGAAAACCUUGAGAAACUGAUCUAUUUUUAUACCCCUGAUACAGAUGCUGGUAUAGCAAUACAUGGUUAUUUUAUAUGAUUUUGUUUACUAAAAUGGAUAUUGUAGGCCAUAUGCUGAAGAAAUGAGUUACAUAAAUGGAUACAAAUAGCAAAAUGUCAUGUUUACAUUAAGGUAUCUGGCACUUGCAGUAAGUUUUGUAUUUCCACAUUUUACAAGCUUAUUUAUUCUAUAUAAAAAGUUCUUUGGAA